AUGAAGACGAACUCCGAGAACGCUGUCAAGCUCAAUUUCUACCGACGGCUCCACAAGCAAAUCAAGCGUUCGUAUUACAUCGACGGAAGUGAAGCGUACUUGAUGUUGAAGAGCAUUCUGGAUCCCGUGUACGAUGGCGACGACGUUGAGAUACUGGCAUGGCGUGCACGUAUCCCACGCAAGAGCAACGGCUACCUCGACGACAAACCGCAUCUGCUUCUUCCGCUGACGUUCAUGUUUCGGUCGGAUAUCGAAGAGUGGAAUCAUCGAAAUCGAGAAACCCAGGGAUAUGAAGAGAUUCGUCAUUUCAGUCUUCUUCCAACCAAGAAGGGCUUUGAGUGCAGUCAUUUCACGAUGUGUAAUCUCGGACUUCGUGCGUUGUUGAAGCGCGCUGGCAUUGCGGUGCCAAAUGAAGACGUUUGGAUUGCGGAGGCAGACUCUUGGUGGCGAAAGCUGUUCAAGAUCGAGAAGUUCGAAACUGUCAACCGCAAGUUUUCUGGUGUGAUUGAGACGGACGGCAAGGCUGUGUGCAUCGUUUUGCGCAAGCCGAAGCGAGAGAUCGUUGAAACUGCGCUUGACGAGAAGGACUACGAUGUGUUGUGGGGUCUUGAUCCCGGUCGACGUGAUCUGUUUGUGGCGACGAACCAAUUCGGCGAAAAGAUCUUCUGCACGACUCGAGAGUUCUAUGAAGACGCUCACUACAAGAAGAGCAACCAGAAAACGAAGGUCUGGCAAGAGAAUCGUCCCGACGUUCUCGAAGCUGUGCGCAACAUGCCUACAAAGAAGACUGCCUCGCUCGAACAACUUGAAGCUUAUGUGAAGUUCAUGACUCCUCGUAUAGACUUACUGCUGGAUUUUCGCAUGCACAAGCCUUUUCGCAAGCUGAGAUUCCGCCGCUACAUUCUCGCGAAGAAGAAACUGCGUCAGCUUUGUCAGAGGUUGACUGCUCAAGCGGGAAGGCGAACGAUUGUUGGCUUCGGCGACUGGAGCAACACCGACGUGAGCGGGCUAAUCAAAAAGUGUCCGGCGGGUCCAGUUAACUCAUUCCGACGAGAGCUGAAGAAGCACUGUCGCGUAGAAUCGAUUGACGAGUUUCGAACAAGCAAGCUUCACUCGGUGUGUCAUCGCGAAAUGAAGAAUCAGUACAGCAAGCGUCUAUGCAAGAAGGAUGGCGUCGAGCGUACAUUGAAGGUCCACAGUGUACUCCAUUGCACCAACAAUGGCUGUCACGGUAUGACUGUGAAUCGAGACGAGAACGCUUCGAAGAACAUGCUGAUGCUUCUGAUCGAGUGCAAGCUUCGUAGUCAACCAAGACCACUCGCGUUUUCAAGACCAAGAACGUGA